UUUAAGAAAAUUUCCCCGCGAAAACAUUUGCCGCCACUCCUUCGAACUCCAAAGCGAGGCGCCGAGACAUUCCACGGGGGUAAACCAAACACGCAAAUUACAAAAAUUCAAAUCAUUAUUAUAUUAGAAGAGCCUCUUCUAACUCCCGAAUCAAAAUCAAUUCUCCCCCCAAAACUCAAAACAAAAAAUCUCACCUUUCCCUCUCCCUCUCCCUCUCCGUUUCUGCAUCCCCUCUCCCCCCUCCAUUCCCAAAUUCCCAAAUCACUCUGUCCACGGCAAUGGAGAGCGCCACCACCGUCCACGACUUGCCCCCUUCCAAGAGAUUCAAGCUCCUCCAUUCUUUCGACCCCCACAUCCAAAACCCUAAAUCCCUUCCCGCCAAGAAGCGCGCCGAUCUCCGCGACGGCACCAACCCCAUCUGCCUCCCCGCCAAGAAGAGGGUUUGGGCUCCCCUCCCCCUCUCCCCCAUCAAAACCCCACCACAAGUAGCAGCAGUAGUAGUAGAAGAGAAGCCCAUCAAAGAAGAAGCGGCAGAAGCAGUAGUAGUAGCAGAAGAAGCAGUAGUAGUAGAAGAAGAAGACGACGAUGAUGGGGUCAUCUGCGCCGUGUGCAGGAGCACCGACGGCGAUCCCUCGGACCCCAUCGUCUUCUGCGACGGCUGCGAUCUCAUGGUCCACGCCCUCUGCUACGGCAACCCUCUAGCCCGGUCCAUCCCUGAAGGAGAUUGGUUCUGCUUACGCUGCGAUGAGACAAAGACGAAGACGAAGACGAAGAAUGCUAUGGAGAGCACCACCAACUGUUGCUUGUGCUCCGCAGAAGGUGGUGCGGUGAAGCCCACCGUUGACGGCGAGUGGGCGCACAUAACGUGUUCGCUCCUCGUCCCCGAAGUGUUCUUCCACGACCCCGAGGGCCGGGACCGCAUCGAUUGUUCGAGAGUCCCGGAGCGAAGGUGGAGGAAGCGUUGCUAUGUCUGCGGAUCCGGUCGCGGAUGUGCGAUCGAGUGCUCGGAGCCCAAGUGUGAGCUUGGUUUCCAUGUUUCUUGUGGGCUCGACGAGGGGUUGUGCAUCGAGUAUAAGGAAGGGAAGCGAGGGGCUGUUGUUGCUGGGUUCUGCGGAGACCAUACCAAGCUAUGGGAGAAGCAACAAUUGACUGGAAAGUUCAGGAUUGUGGCCAGGGAGGAUGCCCCAAAGAGAAAAGCUAGGGCUUGAUGGUGGUGAUGGUUCUGUGCCCAGGUUAUAAUCUUAUUGAAUUUGCGAUGCUUACAGCUCGAUCACUUGGGGUUGUGUUGGGUAUUAUAUCUGCUGUUGAGUGUCGAGUAGGUGAACUGGUGAAUCUUUGUUUAAAGAUGUGGAGUUGAAAUUUCAAUUAUGUUAGAGAAACUGAAGCUACAUGAGAUUCUGCAUGGAAUCACAUUACUACAUGAGUUACGAUAUUUUGUUUGAAUUCAAUUCUGAUUUUUAUCUUUUAUAUAUAAUUUCUGUUCCUGUGUUCCAUACGGUUGUGAUUGCUCAAACCUUUUGCCAUUAAAAA